UUCUCCUAAGAUUAAUCAACCGAUCAAGGAAGACUAUAAAACAAUAUGCACCUCUCAAGCCUCAUCCUCCUCCCCCUCGCCCUCGUCCCCCUAGUCACCGCAGACUCCGACUCAGGCGAAGGAUCAUGGUCCCUCCGAGGUUAUAAGACUAAGGCAGACGAUGCCAAACCCCCUAAACCCGAUCAAUACGAAGACCUUGCCAGCGGCCGCAACGUUGUCAAAUGCGCCGACCUGUCCAACGGCGAGGAAGUCCGUUUCGUCAAGGGCGUCCCGGGAGAUUUCGCUGUCACCGUCUACCAGGGUCUCGUUGAUGAUACAGGCAAAAACAAGUGCUUGGGGGAGUCGGCGACUAUUCAGCCUGGAGAAGUCUAUGAGGGACCAUUUAAGCGAUACGAGAUUCAGUUUCUUCCGAUAAAGAAGCGGAGUGGGAAGGUGCUGGGAAGUUUCGUUGCCUGAUGGAUUGUCUGACCUGGUUCUUUGUUCAUAUUAUGUCUCUGGUUGGUUCGCGGUGCUGGAC